AGGGAGCUUGCCGAGGCUCGAUUACAUAUCGAUGCAGAAGUCAAUAUCAUCAUUUUCGCUUGAUAACACAUGCAAGAGUGUAGGAGACAAAACAGUACAUCCUACUGCUGGUAUCUCAUUUCCUCAACACCAAACACUCGCAAUCUUUGGGAAUUACCACCUCAUCACGAUUCAAUUGGAAGAUCAACAACGUCAUUCGGUGACAAUCCCCAGACUUUGAACGGCAAUAAUAGAGCGGCACCAAAUUGCAACGCCAUUGCUGGGGUUCCCCACAUUCACAAGCUUCGCUCUCACCAAACCCUGCAUUCCCCUCCACCCGGAGCCCGUGCUGCUCUAUCCGCUCUUCUGCACUCUGCCCCGGUAGCUCCUCAUUGCCGUGGUAAGCAUAUAGCUCGCCGUGCUCGCCCUUCUUCUCCCAAUCCUCAUAGCUUCUCAUUUUCGGAACAAAGCACAUUUCUGCGAACCACUAAAUAUAUACACACAAUGGCUACCACUGAAUCUAUUCUCCAGGGCGUAAACGUCGCUGGCACAAUUAACGACUUUAACGGCAAGAUCCUCAGCAAAGACGCCCUUGCAUUCCUCGCACUCCUCCACAGAUCCUUCAACGGCACACGAAAGGAGCUGCUCCAGAGGCGUGUGAUCAGACAAGCAGAGCUUGACAAAGGCUCUCUUCCAGAUUUCCUCCCAGAAACUAGACAUAUCCGCGAGAACGAUGCGUGGAGGGGUGCAAAGCCUGCACCAGGUCUCGUUGACCGGCGAGUGGAGAUCACAGGCCCAACGGACCGCAAAAUGGUUGUAAAUGCUUUGAACUCGAAUGUCUGGACAUAUAUGGCAGAUUUUGAAGAUUCGAGCGCCCCCACCUGGGACAAUAUGGUCAAUGGUCAAGUCAACCUGUACGAUGCCAUCCGCAGGCAAGUCGAUUUCAAACAAGGAGAGAAACAAUACAAGCUACGAACCGACCGCACACUCCCAACACUCAUUGUCCGUCCUCGAGGCUGGCACCUGGACGAGAAACACUUGACUGUUGAUGGCGAACCCAUCUCUGGCAGUCUUUUCGAUUUCGGUCUCUACUUCUUCCACAAUGCAAAGGAGCUCAUCAAGCGGGGAUUUGGACCAUACUUUUACCUCCCAAAGAUGGAGUCCCAUCUCGAGGCUCGUCUCUGGAACGACGUUUUCAACCUUGCUCAGGAUUUCGUCGCUAUCCCCCGCGGCACAAUUAGAGGCACGGUAUUGAUUGAGACCAUUCUCGCUGCGUUCGAGAUGGACGAGAUCAUUUACGAGCUCCGCGACCACUCCUCGGGUUUGAACUGCGGAAGAUGGGAUUAUAUCUUUAGCGUGAUCAAGAAGUUCCGCCAGAACUCCAACUUUGUCCUCCCCGACAGAUCAGCCGUCACCAUGACGGUCCCAUUCAUGGACGCUUAUGUCAAACUUCUCAUCCAGACCUGCCACAGACGUCAAGUCCACGCCAUGGGCGGCAUGGCCGCUCAGAUCCCCAUCAAGGACGACAAGGCUGCGAACGACAAGGCCAUGGAAGGUGUUUACGCUGACAAGCUCCGUGAAGUCAAGGCUGGCCAUGACGGAACCUGGGUUGCUCACCCAGCGCUCGCUGCCAUUGCAUCGGAAGUGUUCAACAAGCACAUGCCAACUCCCAAUCAAAUGUUCGUCCGCCGUGAAGACGUCAAGAUCGGCCAGAACGACCUCCUGAACAUGAACGUCCCAGGCAAGAUCACCGAGGACGGUAUCCGCAAGAACUUGAAUAUCGGUUUAGGAUACAUGGAGGGAUGGCUCCGUGGCGUCGGCUGUGUUCCUAUCAACUACUUGAUGGAGGAUGCUGCUACCGCUGAAGUGAGUCGCAGUCAGCUGUGGCAAUGGGUGAAGCACGGUGUGAAUACUGCUGAGGGCAAGAAGGUCGACAAGUCGUACGCACUGAAGCUGUUGAAGGAGCAGGCGGAUGAGUUGGCCUCGAAGGGUCAGAAGGGUAACAAGUACCACUUGGCUGCUCAGUACUUCUCUGGGCAGGUCACUGGGGAGGAUUAUGCCGAUUUCUUGACUUCAUUGCUGUACAACGAGAUCACCAGUGUAGGAAGCGCAUCACCAGCAUCGAAGUUGUAAAUAUAUAUCUUUUUCUAUAUCUCUAAAGCGAAAAUGGUUAGCUUUUUUGAAGCUCUAUGUAUGAAUUAUAUUAUCAAAUGGAUCUCAAGUUUUUAAAAGGACUUUAAUCGCGAAUUUGCAUGCAGGGAGUUUGAGACCUGGUGAAAUCUGCAAGGCAUUCAAAACUCCAUACAAAGAAGUUCACCCUCUUUCACUUCACCGUAACAGGACGGUUCUCAGCUCGUGUUCGGUCUCGCUUAGGCGCCACGCCACUCUUUCAGGGGUACCUCCGUACUGUACAUUGUUUGAUGUAUUCGGUAGAGUUGCAUUCUGUGUUUGCUGACGCGAAGCGUUCAAAUCACUUUAGAGUUGAAAGAGCACUACUGUAGGUAUGGUGUUUUUGUCCAAGUCAAAGUCAUUGAUUAAGCAGCUGAAUUAGAAGCCAGCCAGAUUUUUC